UAAUAACAGGAAAGAACAGGGAGGUUUAAGAAAUACUGAGGGAAAGCAGAAGUGGAGACCCAGGGAGCAGUUGUAUGUGACACGGAGGAGGCAGAACAACACUGAGAAGGAACCAGUCAACUGGGCAGAAAGACAUUCCAAUCCAUUGGCACAAGAUGGACAGAGGAAAACAUGAAGCAUAUGCAAAUUUCCCAAACGAGAUGGAACGAGCUGAGCUUACAGUGAAAAUGAGGCAAAUUUAUAAAGAACUUAAAGAAGGAGAGAGGAGACAGAGGAGACUCCUGAUGGUUCUGGUGCCCCUGCUGCUUUUUAUCUUCAUUUCCCUGAUAAUCCUAAGUCUCAGAUUUAUAUACUAUUCCCGUGUAUCAGAGGCUGUGGACGAUAUAAAGAAGGACAUCUUGCAGACAAUACGAAAAAAGAAUGGUCAGUGUGAUCCUGGCUGGAGAGCAUUUGGGGGCAGCUGUUAUUACAUUGUCUCAGAGAUGACCUGGACAGAUGCCCAGACCUUUUGUAAAAAAUUGAACAGUAACCUGGUAAUUAUCAACAGUGAGAUGGAACAGAACUUCCUUGAAAGUAUUGCUAACAGGUCAGACGUUUGGAUUGGUCUCAGAAGGGCUCAGAGGAAUGAGUGGAGAUGGGUGGAUGGAACAAUCCAUAAUGUAUCAGAUGGAUUCUGGAUGAAGGGGGAGCCAUUUAAUGCCGGUGGAAAAGAAGACUGUGUUCACAUUUUGCUGGGCAGAAAGUGGAACGAUAGAGACUGCACUUUUGAGGAAAAAUCAUUCUGUGAGAAAUAAAUGACAGUUUUGGAGACAUGGACGUCAGUCGUAUGAGCACCACAAAUUAUUAGAGGUCAAUGUCCACAAGAUCUCCUAAUAACAAGGAUGAGGCAGUCUAAAUUCAGACACUCUGAACCAAAUACCCCCCAGAGAAGAGACUUGUUAAAGCAAAUGAAGUUUAUAGAAGAUACAGGUCAGCUCAGCCUUAACAUUGUGUGUGUUGUAGGCACAGCCACAUGUCUUCCACAAAGAAUUGCUUGCCUACAGCUCUAAGAUCUUUGUUCUACAAUAAAUUGUUGCAUGAAA